AUGAAUAUAAUCCUUCUCGCUAUACAUUUUACUUUUGAGACCUUACAAAUUGCACAUCCAUAUUUUUGUAAAGUAGAUGGUUUUGACCACAUUUAUUGUAUAAACCUUCCUUCUCGUUCUGACAGACGAGAAAAAAUUGGUCUAAUUGCAGAAUAUCAUAACUUGGAUAUUGAGUUUGUUGAAGCAAUUAACAAAGAUGAUGCAAAAACUCUCAAACACUACUUAUCGGAUCUAGCACCACCGCACAAAGCAUGUUACGCCAGUCAUUAUAAAACUUAUGAAUUAGUUGUAUCAAAUAAUUAUGAAAGUGCAUUAAUUUUAGAAGAUGAUGUAGACUUUGAAGUUAAUAUCAAAGAUUUCUUAAAUGAAACUCGAUUAUUUUUACCAAAUGAUUGGGAAAUGUUUUAUUUAGGAAAUUGUGCUUGGGAUACAUCAGAUAUAAUUUAUUAUAAUGGAGCAGAUUAUGGAUCCGACCUUAUACUUUCUAAAUCUCUUCGUCCUGCUUGUUCUCACGCAUACGCUGUUUCUUUAAGGGGUGCAAAAAAGUUAUUGGAAAUACUUGUAAAUGUAUCAGAACCUGUUGAUGUAGCAUUAAUUGACUUGAUGCUUGCGGAUAAAAUAUUUUCACUUUCUUUAUUUCCUUCAAUUAUCAAUCAAUGGAAAUCUAAAGAUGAUCCAUCUGACAUUUCUCCUGGUUCUCAAGAUGAACCUCAUAAUUUAAAAAAUUCCACUUUAGAAUUAUUUGGAUACAAACGA